CAAUUUCUUCUUUUUCAGGAAAUUUGUGCCACACCUCGGAUGUUUCCAGAUAACCCCCAGGAAGGGCAGGUGAAGCAAGGGCUGCUGGGGGACUGCUGGUUCCUGUGCGCCUGCGCCGCCCUGCAGAAGAGUCGGCACCUCCUGGAGCAGGUCAUUCCUCCCGGACAGCCGAGCUGGCUCGACCAGACGUACCGUGGCUCCUUCACCUGUCGAGUUUGGCAGUUUGGACGCUGGGUGGAGGUGACCAUAGAUGACCGUCUGCCUUGUCUUGCAGGGAGACUCUGCUUCUCCCGGUGCCAGAGAGAGGAUGUGUUCUGGCUUCCGUUACUGGAGAAAGUCUAUGCCAAGUACGCAUGCUGGAGGCUGGUGGGGCCGGGCCAGGGCGACUGGGCCACAGGACAGGCCUGCCAGCCUGAGCCCAUGCCUCCCCAGGUCCCAGCAGACGGCGGGGCCCAGGGCGCAGCCUCCCUGCUGCUACAGAAACCGCUGCUGAGCUGUGUGCCGCACUGCUACGCCCAGGAAGUGAGCCGGCUCUNUUGCAAUAAACUGGUGUUGACAGUUACGCUGCCCUGGCACGUGUCUGGCCUUGCUGACCGGAGGCGUCCCUUGUCCCGUAGCGGUCACUCACAGACCAUCGACGACCGUGCUAGUAGCAGCACAUUUGAGAACUGGCUGUGUGCCGCCAGGCACCGUCCUUGCCCAGGUGCCCGGGAGCUGGGGGAGUUUCACGCCUUCAUUGUCUCGGACCUGCGCGAGCUCCGGACGCCUGCUGGGCCCAGCAUCCUGCUCCUGCGUAUUCAGAACCCCUGGGGCCGGCGCUGCUGGCAGGGGCCCUGGAGAGAGGGGGGCGAAGGUUGGAGCCGGGUGGACGCGGCGGACCAGGCUGAGCUGCUGUCCCAGCUCCAGGAGGGGGAGUUCUGGGUGGAAGAGCAGGAGUUCCUCCGGGAGUUUGACGAGGUCACCAUUGGCUACCCGGUCACUGAGACCGGCCACUUGCAGAGCCUCUACUCAGAGAAGGUGCUGUGCUACACGCAGGCGCUGCCUGGAGCCUGGGUCAAGGGCCAGUCGGCGGGAGGCUGCCGGAACAACAGCGGCUUCCCCAGCAACCCCAAAUUCUGGCUGCGGGUCUCAGAACCCAGCGAGGUGUGCGCAUCCGUCCUGCAGAGGCCCAGGGUGCGCACGGCCGACUGGGCUGGCCGGGCCCGGGCCCCGACGGGGAACGACCGCACUGCGUGGAGCCCGGCGGGCGCCCCGGGCAAGGANCAUGGACAUUGA